AUGCCGCCCCGGUUCCCGGUGCACGCCUUUACCAAGGAGGCGCCGCUGACCACCAUCACGCGGAGCGUCAAGGAGAUGUGGCCCUUCGUGCUCGGCUUCAGCUGCACGGGCUACAUCUUCGUCAAGAUAGCUGGCAGCGUGACGGGCGAGCAGCAGUCCUUCUGGAACCUAGGUGCAGCAGCCCGCCCGCCAUGA